CUGUAUGGCCCAAUAAACAGUCACGAACAACGGUGGCUGAUAAACAGGAGAUUAUGCGAGAUUAAUUUAUCAUUAAUCUAAAUUAAGGGGGAAAUCAUGCCAUAAUCGCGGAAUUAUAGGGUCCGUUUUUGAAGACCCAAGCGCCCUUCUCAUCUGUUUGUUUUGUUUUGUUUUUUCGUUUUCAAAUUUCCUCCAAAAUUUUCUGCUCAGCUCAAUUAAAACUGUCUGUUCGAUGCCCAUAGAAAUGGAGCCGGCAGCCAUGGUGGUUGAAAAGCUGAAAGCUUUCGCGCAAUCGACUCAAGACUUCGCUUCCCGCAUUCUUCACCGGAGCGAAAAUUCCAAACGCCGCAGUCCGGUAACAACAAGCUGUAUGAUGGAGCUUUACAACUCUUCCAAUGAUGUCCUUUUCAGAUUGAAAUCUUGAAGAGGUUGCAGCGAGAAGCAUUUUCAGAUAUCAUGAAGCUGAGAGAUAGACAAGAGAAGGUGGAACGCUUGCUUUCCUUCUAUAAAACUUAUAAAGCAAGUCCAUUCCAAGAAGCUAGCACUCGUGUGAAGGGAGAGUUUGAUGUAGUUGGGGCAUUGUUGAUGAUGGACACCGUUGAUCAGUCAACCUGUGAUGCACUUCAGAGAGCUGGUAUUAAGACUGGAAUUGACUCCAGGCUCUGGUUUGAAACAACCAUUCGAGAGAAAGAUACACUUGUAACAGAGUUUGUUGGUACUGAAAGAGGCAGAGGUGAUGUCUUGGGCAGUCCACUUUGUCUUGCUAAGGUUCUAUAUUGUGCAAACGUAAGCAACUGGUUCUCUGCAGUUGCAAUACCAGUGGGUGCUCGAUGCAGGGAUUUCAGUGUUGGUACAAGUUCUCCUCACCAGGAAAAGGCCCUUACAGAUUAUUCAACACUAGGGCCACCCUUCUUGAAUCAUAUAAAUGGUUGUGCCAUUGGUAUAAUGACAAGAAAGUCAAAUAUUGUGGCUUCAUUGGCUCAAUUUGCCUCUGGCAUAGGAGCACCACCUAUCUCUUCCAGAGCUCUCAGUUGUUUCAGCACUUUUGGACAAGUUGUUUGUCAACUUCCCAAGAGUACAAAGCUGACCCUUAUGGGUAUCCACAAAGUGCUGAAAGUGUCUAGUCAGCAACAUAGUCUUGGAUCCAUGACCUUUCCUAUUGGCAUUUUUCGGCGACACCAACAAUCUCGGGCAUCUGUGGAGGAAGAGGAUCUGCUCAUAGGCACAAUCAGGAAGGACAGUGUCUUGGAUGGAUCUAUGGCUUUGAUGCUUGAGUCACACCUUGACAACAGUACAAGAAUCGGAGGCUGGAUCGAGAUGACAAAAUCACAUCCCAAAAAUCUACAAUGGGCUAUUACUAUGUCUGAUACCCCCGAGGAUGAUUUUGGAUGGGGUUUGAGCUUGGGUGGGUUGGUCCAAGGCCCAACAAACUGUGAACAAUUUCAGAUCGAAGCAUUCCUUAAUUUUAACUUGGGGAACAGAUGCAGAAUGCAACCUGCUAUUCUAUAUGUGAUGGACGGGGAAACCAAGUUCCCAACUCUAAUGUUUCGGUCAAGCUUUAGCCUCUAGCAUUGCAAAAUUUUACAUCUAUGAUUUCUAAUACUUUCUUGAUGGGUAUAAUUCAGGUUAUUGCUUCUACUCUGCUGCCCAUGCCAGUUUUAUUUAUAUCAUUCUUCCAAGAUUUUAGAAUGUGUUUUAACUUAGAAUUCCAGGUGGACUUUGUAAAUGUGCAUUCUUUGGUGCAAAUGUAGCAAUGCUAUUUAUUUAAUUUUUCAGAUAAUGAGAUUUUCAUGGGAAGAAGGAUAGUGUGUGUGUAUAUGUAUAUGUAUUCUAAGAUAUACAUGUAGACAUGUAGUCCAACCUUGUGCGAUAGUCGUGUUGGCAAGAAUCAAACUCGUGAUCUUCUAGUACAAUAAUCAUGUUUCACUUA